AAAGCGUUCUGGGGGAGACAUAUCCAGCUGCAGACCCGCAGCACCACCAGUUUCAGAACCCCAGUUUCAGAACACCAGCGCCAGAACCUGAAGUGAGGGGCGGAGUUAUUGACAAUGAGACAAGCAUGGCGGAGAGCAUGUAAGAUGACAGCCAAAAUUGCACCUGGCACAUGGGUGCUACUGAAAAACAAGGAUAUCCCCCAACAGAUUGGUGGUGUAGACUGUGGAGUCUUCAUGUUGAUGUAUGCUCUACAUCUUGUCUUGGGAGCACCCUUUGAUUUUACAUCUUGCGACUUUCCAAACAUACGGAGAUGGUGGGCUCUUAUUCUUCUGGAGAACUUUGGGGUUUUCUCUGAAAGGAGCUCCCAAUAA